AUGGAGGCAUUCGGGGCAGGUCCCGGCUACACUGAUGCGAAUCGCGCAUUCCUACAAGCCUUCCUCGCCCGAAGCGUCCUCACUUUGGACACGGCCAGACCCAUCAUCGCAGCAUGUUCGUCCUUCCAGGAACGCCGCGAAAUGCUGCCGCAGGAUGUCACGGUAGAGGACUUGAAUGACUAUAUUGCAGACGCGAACCGCAGACUUUCUCCUCUCGACCUUGAAAUCCGAAGUACUUUCCACCAACAAACACGCGAACGUGUCUACGCCUUGGUCAACACCACGAGUGACCCUCUCACACAGCUUGCCACAACGUAUACGCCCGACGAGAUUGCGUUCGUCAAGAACCUUCUGGACGCCAUGUUUGACGGGCAGAAUAACAAGGGCCGAAGAGAAGCCAUGUGCAUCAGCGGCAUUGAUGCGAUCCAGGUUGGACGGACGCAGAAUCGGCGGCAGACAGGAGAUGGAGACGAGAACGCAACACAACCCACCGCAGGUGUCCUCAACGGGAAAGAUGUUGAGACCCUACUUCAGAAGCUGGUGGACGAGGGAUGGCUGGAUAAAAGCCGAGCUGGGUUUUACAGCCUCAGUCCGCGCGCGUUGAUGGAGCUGAAGGGCUGGCUCGUCGACACAUACAACGACGAGGAUGAAGACGGAAACAAGAGAGAGAAGGUCAAGUUCUGCCAUGCUUGCAAGGAUAUCAUCACAGUGGGUCAAAGAUGCGCAAACCGCGAGUGUGCCUGUCGAAUCCACGACAUCUGCAAGACCAAUUUUUUCCGAGUGCAGCGAAAUGAAAGAUGCCCUCUUUGCACCACUCGAUGGGAUGGAGAGCACUUUGUGGGUGAGAGAGCCAUUACAGCAUCUGACAGCUAUCGGACCGGCCGGAGACGAAGCGGUGCACAGAACAGACACAGAUCACACGCCAACGAAGAUGACAACGACCAAGACGGUUGA